ACAGUGUGGCGUCGAGGUGUUUGUUAUUAUUUUCCGACGCUUUCGUUUGAUUUGUUUGCUGUUUUGAAAUGCCUCACAUUUUGAAAUUCUAAAAAGUUAAUGAUUUUUUCGAGGUUUUAUUACUUUCUACAACGUGUAAAAUACAAUUAAAAACAUUUUCGUUUCUGCCACCGGUGGCUAGUUUUGUCUAAGCUGCGUGCCUUAUAAGAAAUGGUAGUGAUUCUGAGUAACGAAGCAGACAACUUCGAAGAAGAGCCGGAUUUCACCUGUCCAGACGCUCCCGAACGCUGCAGCCAAACGAUAACGGACCGGGUGCCGCACAAAAACGUCGAGUAUGUCGUACUGUCCCGUGCAUACACCCAGGGGGAUCUCACUCCGGUGCUGAAAGACACGGCUUGCAAUCCGGAAUGGCCCCUGGCGGCUUACUGGCCGGUGUACGUGGCCAAUUUUCGGGCGACCAGUUCGGCCGAGCAGACGGUCUUCAAGGAGGUUUCCCACUUUUUCGCCUACAAUGGCCUGCUCACAAGAAUGAUCCUCCUUGGGAAACAUUAUGGUGGGGAAGCGUUCCAAAAAUACCAGGAAGAUUCGAUGCUGUUCGACAUGCUGGUGUACUUUGUGAGCAAAGAGGAUGCAGACCGGGCCAUUGCCACAUGUCAUCAGGUGUCGUAUUACGGGUACAAGCUGACCGUGCUUCCGGGAAGGAUUCCGAUCUAUUACGAUGAAAAGCGAAGCGUUCGGAUCGUUGAUGUAGAAGCUCCGUAUCCACAGGAGCGCCAGAUUGAGGAGGAUCUCUCGAAACAUGUGCCCGUACAAUUCAUCGGCAGGUACUCAAAUUGCUCCGUGGGAGUUGAAUUCCUCUCCGCCGCGGACAUGCUCACGGCAAUCGAAGGCCAACGACGAUGGGCACCGCAUCGGAUGCCAUGCGACACCAUGAAGCAGCGAUUCAUUGAGGGCCAGGUGACCAAAAUUAUCAAAUACACCAUAAUGGCGACACCCUCAUUCUUGGACAUGAAACCGGGGGCAGUCGUGCUGCGAUGGUUGCUGGAAGGUUAUCGGCCUUUUGUGAACCUGGACUGGAGGGGUCACACUUUCCCCGUCAUGACCGACGCGAAUCGCGAUUCUCUACAGCUGGAGGAGGUGUUGGAGAAAUUGCAGGAUCCGGAUCAACGUAGAACCAAGGCGGAGAAGGAGGCAAAGACGGUGCUGGGGCAAAUACAAAAGUUUAAGGCGCAUAAACCGAAUUCGGGAUCGGUUUAACUUGUA